AACAAACUUAAAAAUAAAGUACUGUUCAAAAUAUCCUACAAAAUCAAGUGUAUUAGUAUUCAAUUUCAAAACCAGACAUUCAACUAGUUGACAAGAAUUAUAUUGUAUAUUUUCCACUCCUCAAAUAAAAUUUCUUAUACAAAAUGUGGGAGCAGCUGGAGCGAUAUCGCAAUCACUUUUUACAACGCGAAAUCAAGGAUGUGAUGAAGCCCAGCUCCAUCAACAAUCAGCAGAGAAUGGAGUGGGCGGAGGCCUUGGAGAAGCGGGAUCUCUGCAAGUGCUUCCCCGAUCGCGACUCGGUGGCCUCCAAAUACUUUGAUGAUAGGGCCAAGUUGGCCUACGGUUGGUUUGCUCUGCCCAAAUUGAUGAAGGAAAUGGACAGCGAUGUUCGCCUGACCCACUGGAAGGCUAUUGUGUCCUUGACGGAAUUCCUUUUGAAUCCCUUGAAUGCCCAGACUGCCAUCACCGAAUAUGAUAUUGUGAGAAAGUUAAAGAACGCCUUUAUGCGUUUGAGAUUGAAGCAUCACAAGGAGGAAUACCGCGAAGGCGAGAUGUACCUCAAGAUUUAUAACAUUCUUUCACGUAAUUUGAAUGGCGCCGAAAAUAUUGCCAACCGCAAGUGUCUUCGGGUGGAGUUUUAUAAGAUCAUCAAGGCCCAGGAAGACUUGAAAGAGGAGUUGGCUUCUGAGAUACUUCGAAAUUUGACGGGCAAGACAAAGGUUCUUUCAAUUAUUUUGGAGGAUCCCGAGAACUUCUCCUCCCUGGCCGACAUCUUCAAGCAGGACCCCUGUCGCCCGCACUAUCCCAUACAUUUGUGGCACCACCUGUGCCACCUGCUCGAAGUGGCCCCGGAGCAGGGACUGGAGUUGGGCUUCUUCGAGCUGCUCCACUUUAGGAUCCUCAAUCGUUUGCCCGACUUUCGGGAUAUGGCCACCAAGGCCUUCGCCCUGCUGCUUCGCUGUACCGAGGGCCAACGACGCUUCGAUGACGUGGAUGGAGUCAAGCUCCUGCACGACAUCUUUGCCACGAUGGAUGGGAAGCCACGAAAAUUGCUGCCUCUUCAGAACUGGGAGUACCUGGUCCUGGCCCUGGUCAAUGGACUGCACAGCAAGAAGGCUCUGUGGCGGAGCCGGGAGUUCACCAUGCUGCCUUGCUAUGUGGGUCGAAUCAUGCAGACGACGGAGGACAAUCCACGGCUGCAGUUGCACUGCCUGAAGGCUCUCCGGGAGCUGGGCAUGAUGCCGUGCAUCAAGCGCUAUAUUAUUGGCAACUGGCUGGGGGACAUCUGCAGGCUGUUUUGCCUGGAUGCGGAGGCCGAGUGUGCUAGGGAUGCGCUGGUCGACUGGCUGCGUCGCGAUAUAGCCGAUAGUAGUAGUUAAUGUCUUUACUGUGUUUUGUUUGCGUUUCAUAGAAGAGAAAACAUAGCAUUUCCCCGCCCUUAAACCGUUUAGAUAAAUUCAAUCUACCCCUCAAAACUCGCUCCUGGUCCCAAAGAGAGUCCUUUGAGGAAAAAGGGGAUGCUUUUGGGACACAGAGAGAGAGAGGGAGAGUGAGCUUUUCAGAGAGCAGUUGCUGCCAGCUGUUCUGGCUUUAGCUUUAAAAUAAAAUAAAUUGUGGUUAAUAUUUAACACCUCUAAAAAUCUAUAGAUUAUAUCUGGACUAUAAAUAAAUUCAAAAAUACA